UGUUCAGAGAGGGAAGAGCUGUAGAGUCUUAGCCGCACAUGAAGCAGCUCUGUCUAUUUUAAACCACACCAGAUUGGAUUCAGGAUAUUUUUAUAUCUCUUGCGGUGUGUAGCAGAUUACAUGUGCGAAGUGCAGCCAGAGCAGAGUUUUAUUUGCUUUUUACUACCUUUUUAUUUUGGAUUUUUCUCCAUCCAACUGUAGUUGAACGUGUGUGUCUGAGACAGAGAGUGAGAGAGAGAGAGUGUGUGUGUGUGUGUGUGUGGGUUUGAGUGAGUCUGCAUGUGUGUGUGAGAGGGAAAGAGGACCAGGAUGAUUGCAGCCCAGCUACUAGCCUAUUACUUCACUGAACUCAAGGAUGACCAGGUUAAAAAGAUCGAUAAGUACUUGUACUCCAUGCGUUUCUCUGAUGAGACGUUACUGGACAUCAUGCAGCAGUUUCGGAGGGAGCUGGUCAAAGGACUGGGUCGGGACACCAACCCCACCGCUGCGCUGAAGAUGCUGCCAACGUUUGUGCGCUCGAUCCCUGAUGGCUCUGAGAAGGGCGACUUCAUUGCGUUGGAUUUGGGAGGCAGUAACUUCAGGAUCCUCCGCGUCCGAGUGAGCCACGAGAAGAAACAGACCGUUCAGAUGGAGAGUCAGAUCUAUGACACGCCAGAGGACAUCAUUCACGGCAGUGGAUCAAGACUGUUCGACCAUGUGGCAGAGUGUCUUAGUGACUUCAUGGAGAGACACAACAUCAAAGACAAGAAGCUCCCUGUUGGAUUUACCUUCUCCUUCCCCUGCCAGCAGACCAAACUAGAUGAGGGCUUUCUGCUAACAUGGACAAAGCGUUUCAAAGCCAGCGGAGUGGAGGGAAUGGACGUCGUCAAGCUGCUCAACAAAGCUAUUAAGAAACGAGGGGACUAUGAUGCUGACAUCAUGGCAGUGGUGAAUGAUACCGUGGGAACCAUGAUGACCUGUGGUUUCGAUGACCAGCGCUGUGAAGUCGGCAUUAUCAUCGGUACUGGCACCAAUGCGUGCUACAUGGAGGAGCUGCGUAACAUCGACCUGGUGGAGGGAGACGAGGGCAGGAUGUGUGUGAACACUGAGUGGGGGGCCUUCGGAGACGACGGCAGGCUGGAGGACAUCAGGACGGAGUUUGACAGAGAGAUAGACCGAGGCUCUAUCAACCCCGGCAAGCAGCUAUUUGAGAAGAUGGUCAGUGGUAUGUACAUGGGGGAGCUGGUUCGUCUCAUCCUGGUGAAGAUGGCCAGAGAGGGCCUGCUGUUCGAGGGGAGGAUCACCCCUGAGCUGCUCACCAAGGGGAAGUUUGAGACCAAACACGUCUCAGCCAUAGAGAAGAGUAAGGAGGGGCUGUCCAAGGCCAGAGAGAUUUUAAGCAGACUCGGUGUGGAGCCCUCAACUGACGACUGCAUCGCUGUGCAGCAUGUUUGCACCAUUGUGUCUUUCCGCUCUGCCAGCCUGAUAGCUGCCGUGCUGGCAGGCAUCCUACUGAGGCUAAAGGAGAACAAAGGAGUGGCACGCCUCCGAACCACUGUUGGCAUCGAUGGAUCUCUAUACAAGAUGCACCCACAAUAUGCCCGUCGUCUUCAUAAGACAGUCCGCCGUUUGGUCCCGGACACUGAUGUUCGGUUCCUCCUAUCAGAGAGCGGCAGUGGAAAAGGGGCAGCCAUGGUGACAGCUGUGGCGUACCGACUCGCCGAACAUUCACGACAAAUCGCCCAAACGCUAUCCGAAUUCCGCCUGACGACCGAACAGCUGCUGGAGGUAAAGAAGCGAAUGAGGAUAGAGAUCCAAAAUGGCCUUUCAAAGAGCACUCAGGACACUGCUACUGUCAAAAUGCUGCCAACCUUCGUACAAAGCACUCCUGAUGGCACAGAGCACGGUGACUUCCUGGCCUUGGAUUUAGGUGGAACCAACUUCAGAGUUCUGCUGGUCAAGAUUCGUUCUGGCAAGAGGAGAACAGUGGAGAUGCACAACAAGAUCUACGCCAUCCCUCUCGAAGUGAUGCAGGGCACAGGAGAGGAGCUGUUUGACCACAUUGUGCAGUGUAUCAGCGACUUCCUGGACUACAUGGGGAUGAAGAACACUCGUCUUCCUCUGGGCUUCACCUUCUCGUUCCCCUGCAGACAGACCAGCCUGGACGCUGGCAUCUUGGUGACAUGGACCAAGGGCUUCAAGGCGACAGACUGUGAAGGAGAAGAUGUGGUGGGACUGUUGAGAGAGGCUAUCAAGAGGAGGGAGGAAUUUGACCUGGAUGUAGUGGCCAUAGUGAACGAUACAGUGGGCACCAUGAUGACCUGUGCCUACGAAGAACCCACCUGUGAGGUUGGACUCAUCGCUGGCACUGGCAGCAACGCGUGUUACAUGGAGGAGAUGAGGAACGUUGAGAUGAUAGAGGGAGAUGAGGGACGGAUGUGUGUCAACAUGGAGUGGGGGGCUUUCGGAGACAACGGAUGCCUUGACGACAUGAGGACAGAGUACGACCGAGCUGUGGACGAUUACUCCCUCAAUCCAGGCAAACAAAGAUAUGAGAAAAUGUGCAGCGGCAUGUAUCUUGGCGAAAUUGUGCGAAACAUCCUGAUAGAUAUGACCAAGAGAGGAUUCCUGUUCAGAGGACAGAUUUCUGAAACACUGAAGACCAGAGGCAUCUUCGAAACAAAGUUCCUGUCACAGAUAGAGAGCGACAGGUUGGCUUUGCUGCAGGUGAGAUCCAUCCUGCAACACUUAGGGCUGGACAGCACCUGCGAUGACAGUAUCAUAGUCAAAGAGGUGUGUGGAGUGGUGUCACAUCGUGCAGCCCAGCUGUGUGGGGCAGGAAUGGCGGCCGUGGUGGAUAAGAUCAGAGAGAACCGAGGACUGGACCAUCUGAACAUCACUGUGGGGGUGGACGGGACACUCUACAAACUACAUCCACACUUCUCCAAGGUCAUGCACCAGACAGUAAAAGAACUGGCCCCUCAGUGUAAAGUCAACUUCCUGCUGUCAGAGGACGGGAGCGGGAAAGGAGCGGCGCUGAUCACGGCCGUGGGCUGCCGGCUGAGACAGGAGAUGAACAAUAAAUAGAAAAUAUCUCUUCUGCCUCACUGUUACACUCUCUCUCCUCCCCUCUGUCCUUUCCCCUCGUCUCCUUCCCUCCUGAAUCAAACCAGUCCAGUCAGUGUAUCUCACUCCAGUAUCUGCUUUAGCUCGUGUACAUGGCUGAGAGAGAGGACGUAGCUUUCUCUGCUGUGUUAUGCAGCAGAAUCAGGCACUGUGUUGUAGUUAGAUUACGUUUGAUUAACCAUUGUAACAAUACCCGGACUCGUCAGGGUUUUUCAGUUUUGUGAUUUCUGAGGUAUAACUUAUCAUAGAGAUGAAACAUGCACAUGCAUCAGAAAAGAGGCCACAUGCUCCUGAAAUGCUCCCAUGAGCUGUUUAUCAUCGCCACCUGGAGGAUUCCUCUGAUAACUGCAGUCUGUUACUACGUACCCAGUGCAACAGUUGCAAGACAGUUUCCAAACACUGCUGCACAAAAUAUUUAUCCUUGCAACAAAGUCAGUAGAUGCAGAGACAAAAAGCACUGUUUCAGGCCAAAGUGACAAAGGUGUGUCUGUUGUUCGCUGUAGGCUACUGUCUGUUUGUACAAGAAGGCAUAAAAUGGAUAUGAGCUCAUAUAUAAAUGUGUAAUGAGAAGAAAGGGAAUAUUUUAGCUUUAAAGUUUUUGAUGUCUCACCCAGAUAUAGAGCAAUAUAUUAUACGUACAUUGUUGCUAUUUAUUUUAUUUUUAUAUCGGGAGAUGAUGAAAAAUGUUACUGUUGCAAUAAGAAGGCACACGGAGGAGGCCAUCGUCAAAGUCCCCUCAGACGGUUUCAGGAUUUAAUGAACCACGUGACAAAAGAGGGACUUCUGCACGAUGCUCGAUCUGUAGGGAAAGCCAUGCCUAAUGUGUAGAUCUGGUCUAAUUUAUGACAAC